AUGAUUCUUCCCGCCCGUACAAUAUCGCCGCACGGCGCUUUCCACCCGCCGGCGCACGCGCAGCCAGACGAGGAACCCGUCUCCCGCACAUACCAAUACAGAAAAGUCAUGAAACCAAUGCUUGAAAGAAAACGCAGAGCUCGUAUUAAUCGCUGCCUCGAUGAACUCAAAGAUCUCAUGGUUACCGCCCUCCAAGCAGAAGGGGAAAACGUUUCCAAACUUGAAAAAGCAGACAUCCUGGAACUCACUGUCCGACACCUCCAUAGCCUUAAGAGACGAGGGCAGUUAGUGCUGAAACCAGAAAUGUCUUACGCUGAGCGUUUUCGUGCUGGAUUUACUCAGUGUGCUACGGAAGUGUCACAGUUCAUUGCAAAUGCUACGUUAGCUGCGAACGCAAUGCAGCGACAGGGUCCUGUGGAUCCUCAGGCUGGCGCGAGGUUGCUGCAGCAUUUGAGCAAUUGUAUCAGAAGAUUGGAGAACCCCCAAGUGGUGCAGCCUCAGCCAGUUGUGCCGAACGGUGUUGCAAGGCCAACGCCGAUGCAGCCAAUUGCUGCUGGACCUAUUCCCCAGCAGGCUCCUAUACAUAGGACAGUACUUCCAGACCGAGGAGUCAAAAGGCUGGCAGAACCGAUGGAUUCAGAAGCGAUGGUAGCAAAGCGUGCGUACGCGCCGCCUUCUCCGCCGCACAGCCCCGCCUCCGAGACAGACUCCGCCCAGUCGAUGUGGCGGCCGUGGUGA